AUGAGUGCAAGGGUGAGGGAGAAGAUUUACGGAGAAGAUGCUCCCAAGCUCGAUGGCGUAGCAGCCCGUGGCAUGGGCUUGUCUCUAGCUGGGAGGCUAGACAGGCUGUGUGAGCCUAAUGGACGGUCUUUCCUUGAUGUAUCUGAGGAUGAAGUAAUACAAACGGUCCGUAAAGAAAAUGUAAAGCAGCCUGUGGACGCAGAAAAGAAGAAUGAAAAGAAAAAAAAGAAAUCAAAGGGAGAUGCUAAAACGGUUCAGGAUACGUCACGCCUAGAUGGAAAGGAAGUUGAUGAAGGAACCUGGGAAACUAAAAUCAGUAACAGAGAGAAACGACAGCAGCGUAAGCGAGACAAGGUGCUGACCGAUGGUGGCUCAGGAGAAACAAAUCUCCAAGGGGUGGAAAAUACAGUUACUGUAUCCAUUGAACAACUGAUGCCUACGCCAUCACUUCUGGCUGGUCUCAGAAAAAAUAAAGGUGAUGCGCUUCUGAAUGCGCAAGUUAGCAGCUCUAAGCCUGCAAAGGGGGAGUCAUCAAUUCCACAAGUUUCUCCAGGAUUGAGUGAAAGCCAUACAGUAAAUGGAGGAAGCUGGAACGAGAAGUCUGUAAAAAUCUCCUCACAGAUUGGUGUAGGGGAGGAGAAAUGGACGUCUGUUCCCUCGGCUGCAGCUGGGAAGAGGAAGACUGAGACAUCAGCGUGGGGCCAGGAGACUGGAGAUGCUAAUGGAAAUGGAAAGGACUGGGGUGUAACCCUAGUGGGCAGGCCCUGGAAGGAGCGUUCUUUGUUCACUCCUAUUGCUGCUUGGAAUGUGGAUGCAAGGAUUAAUACCUCUGAACAGAAUUCUACUUCUUUCUCUUCAUUUGGAUUAACUCCUGGAGUUUCUGGAUCCAACAGUGAGUCAGUUUCUCAGGCUGGUACUUCCGAUUUUCAGUGGGAUUUGAGUCAUGCUCAACCCCCGGUUGAUGACGAAUGGUCUGGGUUAAAUGGACUUUCUUCAGCUGAUCCCACCUCUGAUUGGAAUGCACCAGCAGAAGAGUGGGGAAACUGGGUAGAUGAAGAAAAAGUUGCUUCUGUUCCUCAACCUGAAGAGAUAUCUGAUGUUCAGAAGCCUUCAGAUAAUGAACGAGAAAAAGCAGAGCCAAUUCUUCAGAGUUCUGCAAGUGGCAAAUCCAAGAAGAAGAAGAAGAAAAAGAAGAAGCAGGGUGAAGAAACUAACUCUCCUGCACAGGACACUGAAGAACUGGAUAGAGAAGCUGGAGAGGAGUUUCAGGAGGAUACCUCAAAAGUUCAACCACAGCAGGAAAUAGCUUUUUCGCUGAAGACCAUAAGUACUAGUGAACCAGCUAAGCCUGAGGAGGCUCCUUCGCUUGCUGUUUCUACUGAGCCAUCUGUAAUUGUAUCAGAGAGCGAUUCUGACAAGAUCGCUUCCCAAGUGCCACAGAUGCUGCAAGAGACGGAUGUUUCUAGUCCCAAUAUUAAGCAAAACAGUGUGCCUCCUCCACAGACAAAGUCUGAAGAAAGCUGGGAAUCCCCCAAACAAGUUAAAAAGAAGAAAAAAGCAAGAAGAGAAACGUGAACUUCUGGAGAUGGACAUGUGUUGCUGAAUACUGUCAUGAAGAUUAUGCUGUUUAUGCAAUAAUUUGUGAACAUGUACAGAAUUUUAUAUAAAUUGCAAACAAUUUUUAAAAACAGAACUGCUGUGAACACAAACAUCUUUAAAAAGGAAUCAAAGGAAAGUAACUAUGAUCUAGCAAACAGAACAUGCUACAUUUGAAAGACAUUCUGAAGAGUCUGUUUUUCCAACUUUUGGAGAGAGAUCUUAAUUAAAAAAAAAAAACAACUGGUUUUACAACACAGUGCCCUGUUUACAACAGAUUAUACUCUCAUCUACAGCUGCGGAAAAAAAAGAUUGGUUUCAAGGAAGGGUUUUUUGUAAAAACAAUUGUCUGUACAAUAGCGGGUGUUUCUUGCCUCUCUUGCAAGUGAUGCAUUGGAAGCACAGAAUGUCAACCAUAUGAAUUUGUUUCAUGCCUAAAUCAAAGUGCUUUGAUUAAAUACAUAAUCUGCCAUAUCUUUACAGCAAGUUGGUUAGCAAGCCUGCUAGCUAUUACAGGAAUCACAAGUGCAAAUCAUUAACCAUUUGUACAGUCAGACCUUCAUGGUUUAUUAUAUGAAGUUAACACAAUGAAACUGCUUUGGG